GGGGGCCGCUCGCGCCGCUGCCGACAAGUCCCUGACAUGAGGACCAAACACCAACGAAGAAGAAGCCAGCGCGUCCUGUCAACAUGGAGGAAGACGAGGUGGCCGAGAGCUGGGAAGAGGCUGCGGAUAGCGGGGAAAUAGAAAGAAGACUUGAGGCAAAGUUGAAAAUAAACCAGGAAGCGAAGAAGUCCAGUUUGAAUUCAGGUGGUUCUCCUGUGCGAACUGCUGUUGUCAUCCAGGAUGACUCCCUGCCUGCAGCCCCGCCCCCACAAAUUCGGAUCCUGAAGCGUCCCUCAAAUAAUGGAACUGCCGCAAAUCCCAUGUCCUCUUCCCGUCCCUCGCAACAGAUGAAGUCUCUGGCCCAACGGGAGGCAGAAUACGCAGAAGCCCGUAAGAGGAUUUUGGGUAGUGCCAGUUCUGAAGAUGUGCCUCAGGACAAACCAUGCCAGGAAAGGCCAAUUCGUGUGAGUGUGCAGCAGCCACCAGAACCAGUUCGUCCAAACAAUCAUGUAAUCCGGCAACCAACCGGCCCAGAUGGCACCUUGGGGUUUCGGCUCUUCAGAUAAAUGGGAGCUGGCUACUGUUAGGAAUUGGCGAUAUCUUCCAAGUGGUCAUCUGGGGUGGAGGUUAAAGGGUGUGUAGCCGGCAUUGUGUAUGAGUAGCAGAGUGGUGGGAUGAAUUAAAAGUUGACGAACAUAAGAAAAAUGGAGAUGAAAGACAAAACGACAUGAACUACUCUACCCUCGCCACUCUGCUGACUGGCAUGCGCUUUGCCUUAUGCCUUGUCUCUUCCCAACAUGGAACAUUCUAAGGGGCUGGCCAGGGAUCAGAACCCCCCCCCCUCCCCUUCUGCUCCACACUGUGAGCAGGGUGUCGCCUCAGGGCCCUACACACUGUGAUACAUCCUACGAUGUACCAUGAGCUGUCCUAAGACUCCCCUACACUGUCAUUGGCUAGCUUAGAGCCAUGGCAUCAGGUUUGUGGCCCUCCAGCGAGAGUAAGAAAAACAUCUGGAUCUGUCAGAGCAAGGCAACGGGUGAGCUGGCAAGUCCAACAAUGUGAAAUGAGCUACGGUUUUGCGUCAACCGGGGACUUGUCUUGGCAACAGUUGGGAUUGUUUUCGUCAAUGCAAAGGAGUGUGUGACAGUGGGGAAGGUUUACCAUGUUUUCAGCACUGGGAAUAGGUGCUCAAACAGCUCAACCUGUGGUAAAAGAUCAACACGAUUCAAAUGGUUUUCUCCAGUAGUGGCAUAACCACAGCUAUGUUUAUGCCACUUGUCUCAAGUGUCCCGCAAGAAGCACUGCUAGCUAGAGAAGAGCUGCCCUGUGCAAACAUGGCCUGUGGUCCAAGAUCAUGGAAGACGGAGACAAAAGUGCCACUAGAUCCUCGCUUGUUCGAGCAAUAAUUAUUAAGUUAGCUGCAGGAUUAUUUUUUACUAAUUUUGUUGUUCAAGUUAUGUUAAACAGUUUGCAGUGUUUCUUUGAUGUAUGUUUGGUUUUUUUUUUCUUUCUAAGAAACGUUCAGCUAGCUUCAGCUAGAUCAUCAGAUGAUGUAGAAGUACCUAUAUGGCAUAGUGGAUUUGUAGUGUCUGGAAAAUUUUACGGUUUAGAAGACACUGAUCUCAUUAUUGGGCUGAUAAAAUUUGAACAAUCCAUCCUAUAAAUUUCCCCAUUUGCAUUGCCUUUGUGUUUUCAAUUAACCUAUUAAACCAGAUCUAGAGUCAGUUGUAGGGUUCCUCUGGCAUGGUCAGUUAUAUUCUAGAAUCUUCAGUGAUGUGGAAUAGAUGGAUGCGGAAUUCAAAAGGUAGUAGCUCGGGACACAGCCAAACACAAACGAGGGCAAGUCGCCCUUUUUUUAAUUGAGACCAAAUUGUUGCCUUCAUCAGAGGUAUGUCGCGUUCUCCCUUUUUUGGCAAAGUGUUUUGGGAGGAUUUUUAAUGGAUUAGAAAAAAAUAGCCUAACAAACACUAAGGCCAAAGUCAUCUUUUUAUCUGAAUUUCUUUUAUUGUGAGGUCAGAUUGUACACUGCCAGUCCUGUUUUCUUUUCGCUAGGUGCAUGUCUUUCCUUGGUUGUGGGAUUUACACGGGGGAAUAGUUAAACAGAUUUGGAAUAAUUAUUAAAACGAUGAACUCAUUUGGGGGCAUCCGGGUAGCGUAGCGGUCUAUUCCAUUGCCUACCAACACGGGGAUCGCCGGUUCGAAUCCCCGUGUUACCUCCGGCUUGGUCGGGCGUCCCUACAGACACAAUUGGCCGUGUCUGCUGGUGGGAAGCCGGAUGCGGGUAUGUGUCCUGAGUCACUGCACUAGCGCCUCCUCUGGUCAGUCGGGGCGCCUUUUCGGGGGAGAAGUGGGGGGAAUAGCGUGAUCCUCCCAUGUGCUACGUCCCUCAGGCGAAACUCCUCACUGUCAGGUGAAAAGGAGCGGCUGGCAACUGCACAUGUAUCAGAGGAGGCAUGUGGUAGUCUGCAGCCCUCCCCGGAUCGGCAGAGGGGGUGGAGCAGAGACCGGGACGGCUCGGACGAGUGGGGUAAUUGGCCAAAAAUUUGAUUGGGGAGGAAAAAAAACAACUUUAACUCCAUGAGGGCACCCCAACUGAAUGCUGUUGCUUGUUGGCAGUAUUGGUAUGAAGUGCCAAAUACUUGGUGUCGUAGGAAUUACUUUAUCUUCAGCUAUCUCACAGAAACUGUAGUCACUGGGAAGAAAUACACUUUUUGGGUUGAGUUUUGUAUGCCUUAAAACAAGCUCUCUGGUUUCAGGAACACGGUCUUGAAAAAAAAAGCCAUUUAUAAAGGAGGUGCUCCUGGAUGCUGUUUUUACUCCGCCAGAGCGCCCGACACGUCUCGCUAUUCGGCCCCAGGACACGGAGGAUCCACUUAACGGAUAUUUAGUGAAGUUGCGUCCGAAUGUGGCGUUUUGCUUCUUUUUGAGAAUUGUAAAUCUGAGUGCGCUUGCUCCCGUGAGUCCCCUCGCUUGAAGGAUCAUUCUGAUGGGUUUUCUUUUACAAUCUUGGUCUUAUUUUCUUAGUUCCUGCCAUCGUGCAUAUCGGUUGAUAUCAGAUACGGGGCUGCCGCCCGGUUAUCUAAACAGCAUGUUUGGAAGCGUAAAGGAAUAUGAAAGUUAAAAGCUUGCAUGAUCAGUUUACUUAACGUAGGAAGUAGUAACUGCUCAAAACUACCCGGCCAGAGCAACUGGGGAGCAGACGAUAAUGGGAAAUAAUGUACACAACUGAACUGGUGCCCCGGACUUUCUUGGUUCUUGUUGAAAGGGACCGGUUUAAGGCUGGUGUUGAAUUGCCCCACAAAAUUGCCCGUUGUAAUUUUGUGGUGAUUUUGACAUUUUUGUAAUUUUCUGGUUGGCGGUCCCAUGUCCAACAUCUUGUAAACGAAGCCGGUGGGUAAAAUGUCAUAACUGUGAUUUGCACACUGGUGAAAACUAUGAAAAUAAGACCCAAGUUAAAAAAUUUUUUUUAAAAAAACUGGAAUUAUCCUUAAAAGUCAAAGCCAGCUCCCAGCGUAGUGCAGUAUAGUAAUGCAGCAAGAUUCCACGGGACGACUUAUUUUAAUCAUGUUUUGAAGAAAAAAAAAUGCCAUGUUGGAAUGAGUAAUGCAUUUAAUAUGCAGUUCUGCAGUAUGUGUCCAGUCAGAAGAGAUGAUGAGCAGGUUCAGAGAACUGGAUUUGGACCCACAGCGUUAAAAGUAUUUUGUGGUUCAUGUCUUUAAUACAAUAAACUACCAGGGUGCCCAGAGCUCAUUUUAAAAACUAAAUGGUUAACGUGGGAUUUGUAGUUAUCCCAGACCGAGGAUCACCAGUAGAGGACCGUUGGGGUCGACCUGUAGUAUUGUUUCACAGCAGUCAUGCACAGCCUCCUGUCCUGUUUGAGGCCUAAUUGAUGUCAUUUGCUCGUCAUUUUGGAUCUAGCAGAACAAUGUGAUGAAAUUUACAAAUGCCCUUUAAUAAAGACGA